AUGACAUCUAACAACCGCUAUACUCCGCUGCGAAGGUUCCCCUUCUCGGCAUCGGCACAAGAGGAAAUGCUAAACGUACUGUGGGAGGCGUCGGGAGGCCAUGAGAGCAUGACGCCGUACCUCGAGUAUCACCAGCAGCUCGCCAAAGGCCCACGCAUCGACAAUCCUGCAGAGGUUUCUGCCAAGUCUUGUUCUGACCUUGUCUCUAUUGCGAAAGCGAUUCUCUCCGGCGUUCCUAAAGACGACAUACUGGCACACCAACAACAAAUAGCAUCAACAACCAAAUGCCUUUCCACUGCCGCCGAAAUUGAGCACGACAUAGACAUGUGCGCGAGGCUUCUAACCAUGACUCAAGUCAAUCACUGUGGAAGCUCUUGUGGCCUCGCUGGAACAACAGCUGUGCCAUGGACAAAGGUCUCGUUGAAAGAUGCAUUCUCGUGCCAUUUCUACACUCAGAGGACGUUGCAAGCAGAUCAGAUGAGGCUCAGCAAAGACUUUACGGCAUGGCAUUUGAGCCGCAUAGCGGGUGUUGAUAUUCGAUGGACCGCAAACCUGGCAGAUCACCUUCGCUUCGUGGAUCAUGAUCAAGCUGUCUUUGUUUUCCAUUGCGCGAGCUUUCUUCAGGUUCAUAUCAACAUGAAUAACAGCCCCUUUCCAGAAUGUCUUAUCCAAGAAACACUAAACACUAUCGGCCUUCUCUUUCCCUCACACGAUGAUAAGACUACGAGGUGGCUGAAAAGCCUUGCGGAAAUCGAUCCACAGCUGAUGAGAUGCGAUUCCAUAGAGAGACACAAGCUCAGAUUUGGCGACUUCAACUACUGGCACGAUCGGCUGGUGAUUUUGAAACAGGUGCUCGAUGACUCCAGCCCCUCGACUCUGUCCCAGCGGUGGCACGAUAGGAGGAACUGCCUGCGGUGGUAUACUUUCUGGAUUGCUAUACCCCUUUUUGCAAUCACUGUGUUCUUUGGGAUUGUUCAUAGCGUUGAAGCUGCGGUGCAGAUAUAUUUGACUUGCAAGAGUGGUGCGUUGGGGACGUAA